AGAGUUUCUCCUCACUAGUUCUUCAUCUCAGUGGAACACCAGGACUCUUCCUCUUUUCCUUCUUCUUCUAUUCGUAAAGCUCCAGCAGCUGUGAUGGCGGCGUGUUUGAGGCUUCUCCUGCUGCUGCCUCUGGCCUGCUGCCUCCCCUCCCCCUCUCGGCCUCCCACGCGAUUCUGCCGCCGCUGCUGCGAUCACAUGGAGCCUCAGGCCGGCCCCGCCCACUACCACGUGCCCGAGGUCCGCACCGUCGUCAACAUGACCAUCCUCAAAGGUGAUAAAGGCGACAGAGGGGAUAAAGGCACGCCGGGUAAGCCAGGUCUCGAAGGACCCCCCGGCCAACGAGGACCGGCAGGCCUGAUAGGCAGUAAAGGCCAAGCGGGCGCCCCCGGCGACCCCUGCAAGACGCCCCAGUCGUCUUUCUCAGUAGGACGCCGCAAAUCCCUGCACAGUGUGGACUACUACCAGGCGCUGGUGUUCGACACGGUGUUCGUCAACCUGCACGAGCACUUCAACAUGUUCAAGGGCAAGUUCUACUGCUACGUGCCUGGCGUCUACUUCUUUAACGUCAACAUCCAUACAUGGAACUUCAAGGAGACCUACCUGCACCUCAUGCACAACGACAAGGAGCAGGUGAUCCUGUACGCCCAGCCCAGCGAGCGCUCCAUCAUGCAGAGCCAGAGCGUCAUGCUGGACCUGGCGCUCAACGACGAGGUGUGGGUGCGUCUCUACAAGCGCGAGAGGGAGAACGCCGUCUACAGCGAUGACGUGGACGUUUACAUCACCUUCAACGGGUACCUGGUGGCGCCCGGCCUCCAGUGACAAUGUGUCAGUGCCUGACUUGGACUGGAACACAUUCUCACCAGGACUAGUUCUCCCAACAUGCAAACCUCUAAAAACCCAUUUGAUCCAGCUGGGGUGUCCGACCUCUUGCACGGACGGUCAAUGUUUACAACAACAAGGAGACAAAGUAAACAUUUUUUAAGUAUAUGGAUAUAAUAAAGCAUUCCUUCUUUAAUAAAUGUUCUUAAAGAAGUUCUGGAAAAAGACACUUUUAAUACCUGACAUGAUGCCUGGAUGCAUCCCGGUGUGUACAGUUGUAUCAAGCAGCCGUAUUUUAACACCAAAUCUACAUUUUUGUGAAAAUAGACUGAAAACCAUCCGCAUGUAUUUAGUUAGUCAGUGGCUGACGCAGCAGCUAUAGUCUCCAAGCUAGACAGAAUUAGCAUCCUAAUUAAACAAUACAUGCAACUAUAGUUGCACAUUACUUACAGACACAGAGUCUCCAAGGCAGAAGCAUAUUAUCCAUUCGUCCAUCUUCUUCCUCUUAUCGGAAGUCGGGUUGCGGUGGCAGCAGCUCCUUCGUCCAGCCCCUCCUGAUGGAUGGCAAGGCAUUCUCAGGCCAGUUGAGAGACAUAGUCUCUCCAACGUGUCCUGGGUCUUCCCCGAGGCCUCUUACCGGUCAGCUGUGCCCUGAACACCUCCCCAGGAAGGCGUCCGGGAGGCAUCCUGACCAGAUGCCCGAGCCACCUCAUCUGGCUCCUCUCAAUGGGGAGGAGCAGCGGUUCAACUCUGAGUUUCUCCCGGAUGACAGUGCUUCUCACCUUAUC